UCCCGGCUCAACGGUCACAUUAUUGUUGUCGGGUUAAGAAUUAACCAUUGCAAAAUGCAUUUAAACAAAUACAGUGAGCUGGUGGAACGGCUUGAGAACGAGGAAUUGGAGCACAUUGAAUUGGGAGCUGAGCUCUACCAGCAAUUACUUGCGAUUUAUCUAUACCAAAACAAACUAGCUAAUGCUAAAUUGCUGUGGAUGCGAAUUCCACCAAAGUUUAAGGAUGACAAGGAACUAAUUCAGUUGAACCUGCUCAAUGUGGCCCUACAGAACAAUAACUAUACCGAUUUCUUUAAAAACAUCAAGUACGAUUGGUCCGAAAGGGUGAAGGCGCCCGUCGAUGAUCUUCUGGUGAGACAGCGCGAGGAGCUGUUCAAACUUAUAAGCAGCGCCUAUGUGUCGAUCUAUCAGAACAAUCUCUUGAAUUUGUCCCUUAUGUCGGAGGAAGAACUGAUGAACACCUGUGCUGCUCUGAACUGGACUGAGGAACUCGAUGGCGACCGAGUGAUUUUAAAACCAAAGGUCCAGGAACCGGCGCCGAGCCGUGGCAACGAUGAUCAGUUGCUUAAGCUAACCGAGUUUGUAACUUUCCUAGAGAAUUAAGCAACAAUAAAUUUGAGUCGAUUUAUAGAAGUA